GCUGAGGUCACUAAAUCUAAGGAGGAAGAGAAUAUGACUAAGAAGAGUGGUAAUUUGAUAGCGGAACUUCCGAUUGAGCAUCAAAUUUACGAGCUAGUUAAUGAUGCGGGGUCAAGGGGGGUCAUGGUGUUUAAGGUUGCAGAGAGGCUGGGAAUUGAUAGGAAAGAGAAUAGGAAGAGGAUUGAAAGUUUGUGCUCCAAGUUUGGGAUGAUAAUGGAUAAAGAGAAAUGCGGAAAGACCAAAGUGUAUCGAGUUUGGGCACCUGGGAAACGUAAUGCUGAAUCAGCUAAUGCAAUUCUGAAUGAGUCUGAAAAUGUUACUCAAAGUAAAUUUAAUGAAGAUGUUCUUCGUGGGUCCGUUCAGAAAGGUGAUACAGCAAUAAAUGAUGUCUCAUCAGGAAUGCCACCUGCUGUGGAAUGUGCUAGGCCCAGAAGGGGAAAAAGUGUACUUGAACCAUCACAGGAUAAAGGGGAUGAACGUCAAUCUCUGGGAAUUAGAAGCCCUUUGCAGAAAAGAAAGAGAUCUUCUGAAGCAGCUUCUGUAAAGUUUAUAGAAGUUGAUGGUGUAACUGAGCACCAACCUGGACCAAAUGAAGAUGGUGAGGCGAGGUGUGCUUUAUCAAAGUCAAAAUCAACAUGUCAAAGAAGGUUUUUAUGGACAGAGGAGACUGAUAGGCAAUUAGUUAUCCAAUAUGUAAGACAGUGUGCAACUCUUGGGACAAAAUAUCAUCACCAGAUAAAUUGGGCUUCACUUUCUGACCUUCCAGCGCCUCCAAGUACCUGCAAAAGAAGAAUGUCAUAUCUGAAGCUCAGUAAUGGAAAAUUUAGAAAAUCUUUAAUGACACUGUGUAACAUGCUCAGUAAACGGUAUGUAAAGCUCCUGCAGAAAACCCAGAACAGGCCAUUUUACCAAGAUGAUUGUGGAUCACUUUUGCAAGGUUCAACAGAGGAGGGUUGUAAACAGAAUUAUCCUCUCAGUGACCAUGGGACAGGUCUUCAGGAAGAACAAUGGGAUGACUUUAAUGACAAAAAUAUUAAAGAAGUGCUUGGUCAGAUACUUCACUAUGUGAGGUUGACUAAAUCUGUUGCCUCCAAAAGAUGUGGAGAUUCCUGCGAGGAGGGUUCAGAACUCAAUGCUAAUGCUGAAGAUGUUGGAGGCAGUGAUUGUGAACCUUUGUCUCUCUCACCUCAGGUCUUCCCCAAUAUUUGCAAGUCACCAUUUCCAACUGAUUCUGGCAAGAGAGCUGCCAAAUUUGCUCAUUGGCUCCACAAAAGAGAUAGAGAUCUUAUGGGAAGGGGGCUUGAUCUUCCUACAGAUAUACAGUGUGGUGAAUUUUUUCAUAUGUUUGCUCUAGUUUUUUCAGGUGAAUUGUCAAUCUCCCCAUGCUUGCCAGAUGGAGUGGGAGAAGCAGAAGAUUUGAGAAGCUCAAAACAUAAAAUUGGUAGGAAUAAACAUUCGGAUGCUAAAAGACUAAAAUCCUUGGUUGCAGAAAGUGAGAUUAUUUCCCGUCGAGAAAAAGGUUUCCCGGGUCUCAUGGUAUCUAUAUGUCGUACAGCAUCUUCUAAAGCCUAUUGUGAAAAUUUGUUCAAAGAUGAUGAUACUCUAGGUGGUGACAAACAUUUUGGUGAAAAUUAUCAGCAAGACAGUACUUCAGGUGUGAAUCAGAUGAGAGAAAACCUCAAUUCAGGCAUUGUUAUCCCUGUGGCAGAGACUUGUAGUGAGUCACCUGGCGGAGGUAUCCUCCAUCCUGGAAAUUGUGAUAUUAUUGGAACUCUUUUGAUAGGGAAAACAAAUAUGAAUGUUAAUGAUGCCCAUAAUGUGACUAUUCUUAAUUCUCCUAAAGAGGUUGAUGAGCGUCUGUCUGAAAAACUAACUAGCGGUGUGGAAGGUAAAGUUAUCUCACCUAGAGGAGAUUUUGAUGAAUGUUCUAAACUCUCUUCUGAUGAAUUAUGCGUACCACUUCAUCCUUGGAUAAAUGGGGACGAGACCAUCAACAAGACUAUCUACAAGGGGUUCAUGCAACGUGUUUUUGGGAUUGUGAUGCAAAACCCCGGGAUAUUAGAGGGUGAAAUUAUCCGUAAGAUGGAUGUACUGAAUCCGCAGAGUUGUAGAAAAUUGUUGGUGGAGAUGAUUGAAGCAAAACAUCUUCAUGUCAGGACAAUGCGCCAAGCCACAUUGAAUGCCCCCCCAGCAUUUCUAGGGAACCUGUUUGGAAGCAGCCUCACCCAAUCAAAGGUGGUUUUCCGUAGGCAUCUCUUUGCAAAUUCCAUGAGCGCGUUCUUGCUAUAGUGAUGCUUUAGCUUUGUAGAACAGUGAAAGUACAUUGUAAUUAGCAUUCCUAUUCUGUAUAGUGAAAAUACAUUGUAGUGAAGAAACUUAACACUAACAAGUACUGUAUAUAGGUAAACUCAUGAAUUAUCAUGAAUGUUUGACAAUAUGACAUUAAUAUGGAUAGACUGCUUUGUGGAUU